GCAUGCAUCUGGCCUACACGUGCAGCCAAUGAGACUUGAGAGCUAACAUUCUACGUACAUGGAUGAUGGAUUUUGUAUACAAAAGGAGGAAUGCUUUGAUGACUAAUCGACUUAUUAUUCCAGUGUUGAACCGAACCGGAGUCGGGUCGAUCGUAAGUAGCUCCGUCGGUCGACAAGUGUUAUAGGAUUAUUCUCCACUAAACGACAAAAACAAGCAGCGAUAAAAGCUUCCUCCCCCUCGAUUCUUGAGAAAUUUCAAACCCACCCCUCCUCCUUCCUCUCUGAGCGCAGCAAUUGCUAUGCCGCCGCCGCCGUCGAACUCGGUAGUGCUGCCGCCGGGGUUCCGCUUCCACCCCACCGACGAGGAGCUGGUCCUCCACUACCUCCGCGCCCGGGUCGCCUCCGCCGCGGCUACCCCGUCUCCCCUCUCCAUCAUCGCCGAGGUCGACAUCUACAAGUACGACCCCUGGGAGCUUCCCGCCAAGGCGACGUACGGCGAGCGGGAGUGGUACUUCUUCAGCCCGCGCGAACGCAAAUACCCGAACGGGUUCCGGCCGAACAGAGCGGCGGUGUCCGGGUACUGGAAGGCGACCGGGACCGACAAGCCGAUCUGUAGAUCGGGCAAAGGGAAUGAGAAGCCUCUCGCGGUGAAGAAGGCGCUGGUGUUCUACAUGGGGAGGCCGCCCAAGGGAGUCAAGACCGAUUGGAUCAUGCACGAGUACCGCCUCGCCGACGCACACGGCCGCAACAGCUACAAGCCCACGAGACCACUCAGAGACUCCUCCAUGAGGCUGGACGAUUGGGUGCUGUGCCGGAUUUACAAGAAGACCGAUCGCCUCCAGGCGGCGGCUACGCCGGCGACGACGGGCCAGGAAGACGCACUGAACACCUAUUUGGACGAAUUCGUCAGCUCGUGGAGCUUCAAAGACUACUCGCCCGAGAAAAUCAAUGGGAUCGCCGACUUUGCUGCUCCGAGGCAAGCGCCGCCGACGAAUCCAUCUGUGCUGGUCGCCGGCGAUUACACCGAGAGCUCGACGAAGCGGCAGAGGACGACGAUAGGAGGUUAUUGGGACGGCGGCGGAAGGAUCUUUCAGCCGUCGGAGAGAUCACAAAACUGUGAAUCUGCGUACGGCGCUAACUUCGUGGAACGGUUAUUGGAAUGCAACAGCUCGAGCUUCUUGGAGCAGCCGUUUAUCGACCGAUCGCAUUUGGGCUUCCACUAAGCAGUAGAGAAGUUUUGCGGCUGCUCCGCUAGAGCAGAGGAAUUAAUAGCGAUUUAAUUUGAAUCAAAUUAAAAACUGAAAUAAAUAAUAGAUAAUUUAUGGGAUAUAAAGCUGUUGUUACAAUAUUUUGGGUGGUUCUGUAUG